AUUUAGCCUAUUGAUGUAAGCUGCAUUCCAUUCACAACAGACACAGAGACACACUCACAGUUUGCUUUAGUGUCCGCGAGUGUGAAGAUCAGGGAAGAUCAAACUACCUUCUGUAGGUUGACCCCUGAGCCUCCGUGUGUCUUGUUCUUCAAGGAUACAGGUCGCACACCAGGGAAACCAUCACAGUACUCCUGACUUCUGCCAACAUUGCCAAAGCCACAAUGUCACAAUUCUGUACAAUGCCAACUGGAGAGAAGAAGAAGCAUGCAGCAGCUAUUUGCCGAGAGGUCCAUGGUACCAAUGGGGACGUCAUGGAUCUGGGAAAGAAGCACAGCACUCCUAAAGACAUAAUGUUGGAGGAGUUAUCAUUGCUAUCCAACAGAGGGUCCCGGCUUUUCAAAAUGCGCCAGAGGAGAUCUGAAAAAUAUACAUUUGAAAGUAUCCAGAACGAGGCAAACGCACUGCUAAAUAACGACAUUUCAGCUGGGAAUGCUCACACUGUGGAAAUCACAGUGGAUGGUCCAGCUGAUGAAAAUACCGCAAAUCCAGAUAUCACGGCUUCAGACAACACUGCAGACAACGCCUCAGCUAUGCCUAAGUCCUAUCACUCCCCGUGGGAGCAGGCUAUCCUAAGCGACCCUGACCUUGCUGAAACUAUCAAACUGGCAAUGCCAGCACUAGACCCACGAGCAGAACUACCUGAGUACAAAUGCUUCAACAGGGUGGCCACUCCUUACGGUGGCUUCGACAAAACUCCCAGAGGAAUCACAUUCAAGCUCCCUGAGGUGGACUUGAACCCUCCCAGUUACCCUGAGCUGCAGGAGCCGGGGGUAAAGCGUCCUACCUUCAACAGGACAGCCAUGGGAUGGAUAUCUGAGGGCACCCAUCUGAUCCUCCCCAUCAUUACCCUGGAGCCCAUUCAAGUCCCAGAGUCUGAUGACCUGUAGAUGGUCUUACUGUAUGAAACCUGGCAACAUGCUGUCAACUGUAGUAUGUUAUCCCCCUUUAUAAUAACAACACAAACAAGGCAAUACACAACACAGUCGUGUUUCUUACCAGUAGAAUCUCUUUAAUGCAUUUGUUGACUAGUGUAACUGUACAUUAGAAUAAACUGUAUCAUGAAGAUCAUGUAAAUAGGGAAAGAAAAGAUCGAAGCCUCAGAGUGUCCACUGAAAGUGAAAGCAAACCUGUACAUUGUAUUAAUGUUUAAAUGAAUUGAUGAAUAUGUAAUGUAAAUAAAGAAUAAAACUGA